AUGCAAUAAUUUCCAACCUAAGUUGAAUUUUAGGAAGACUUUGAUUUCAAGAAUUCAUAAAUGUUAGGACAAGGAACAUUCGGAAAAGUAUAUAAGGCAAAAGCUUUAAAAUCUCUUCCACCUGGUUAUUAUGCUCUGAAAAUUAUAGAAACAUCGAAGUAUAAAAUAAAAUAACUUAAGUGAAUAAGCGUAUGAGCUUGCUAUUCAAGAAUUGAACUUAUAUCAAGUGAUCACUUAUCAUUAGAAUGUCAUAAAGGUUCAUAAGGUCUACUCUUGGAUGGAACAGAUGCCAGCAAAGAAAUAUAUUUUAGUUUUUGCAAUGGAGUUGGCUCAGAAUAGCUUGAAAGCUGAUAUCGAUGAAAGAAGGAAGGCUUAAUUAGAAUUUGGGGGUAUAUAAUAUGUAGGUAAAUUCUUUUAGAUUUAAUGCUGAUAGACAUUAUGAAUUAAUGUUUGAAAGCAUUUUAUUAUCUUGCAAAAAACAAACAUUUGUUUCACAGAGAUAUCAAACCAGAAAACAUCCUAGUUACCUGCCGAUAACCAUACACAGUUAAAUUAGCAGAUUUUGGGGCUGGAAAAGAGAAUUUUAAUGGACAAGCAAUGCUUAAUACAUUAGUAGGAACACCUUUAUUUCUGUCUCCUAAACUCUAUAUUGCUUAUACAACUAAUUAGCCAGGAAAAGUUAAGUAAAUACUAAACUUAAGUUAGACAUGAUUUAGAGAAGAGUGAUAUAUUUUCAUUAGGAAUUACAUUUCUUCAAAUGAUUUUACUUCUAAGUGACAAAGAUCUUUCGAAAUUGAAUGAUCCAAUCAUAUAUGAAGAAAAAACUGGAAAUGCUAUAGAUUCUAGCGAAGAUCCAAUGAAGAAGAAAGAUUGUUAGGGUUGGAAGAAAUUGUAAAGUUAAGUUAGCAGGAUUUAAAAUCCUUAAAUCAAGGCAUGUAUCUAAGGAAUGACAGAAUUCAGUGAGCGAAACAGAUUUACAUGGCUUUAAGCUUUGAAAGCAUUGAAUCCAGAUUAUGAGGAUGAGUAAACAAUACAAUUAUUUUAGUGAAAAGGAUUAAUCUGUUCAUCCAGCUCAGAUUAAUGAAUAGGCCAAGGCUAUUAAAUUUUAUUCUAAUUAAAAUACAACUUUGAGGUAUUUAGGGACUCUUAAUGAUUUGUGCAAUCACAAGAAGAUUAUCUCAGCAGGUAGUUAAAUAUUGGCCUAUUCAAAUGAAGGAGUAAGAUUGAUAUCCUUAAACGGUGUAUCAGAAUGCAUUUUUACUUAAAGUAUUAAAUAAUCCUAAUGCAGACGUCUCUUUUUUAUCGUAUUUGCAGACCUUAAAUAUUUGUGUUGGGAUCACAUAAUCUGGAGAGAUUUUUGGAGUGAAUUUGAAGAGCAAAACAUUUUAUUGUGAGAAAAUCUUAAAUUUUCAAUCUGAUAAGAUCACAGUAAAUAUAACAUGGAUUUUAUUAGGUGAUGAAAUACAUGAGAAAAGACUUAUGUAUAUUAGGGUCGGAAACAGGAGAAAUUAUGAUUCUGGCAUUUGAUACUUAGCCACCUUCUAUAAUUAAAAAAUACAAAGAUGUGGAUAGAUCUGUGGUGGAUUUGAUUUAUGAUGAUGAAACCAAAUAGAUUAUUUCAUCUCAUGAGAACCUAAUAAUUUAUGGAAAAUAUUUGGUAUAUGAAUAAUCGUAAUAUUCCAAACUUAUCUUAGUGCUAAAUUUCAAUUUGAUGCUUAGAUCCAUAAUCUAUAGUUGAUAUCAUCUGAACAUUUUGCAGGAAUAAGUAAGAACCUACCUUAAAUACCAAUUUUUCAUAUUAAAGAUGGUAUGAUUAUUAUAUAAUUUUAGGCAACAUAACCAUUGUGUAAAAGUGCUAAAUUAAUGGUAACAAUGUACCUCUAGCAUUAACUUUAUCUGAUAAUUAUCUUGUUUGGGUUUGUGAAAAAUAUAUUGGAUCUAUUCAAAUCAGCACACAAUUAAAUCAAUUGAUCGAAAAUAAAGGAAAUGAACUCAUGGUCAAUGCUUCAAAACCAGCAAAACUUAUGUGCUUUUUAUAAAUUGAUAAAAUGAUUAUAGCAAGUGAUGGGUUGUAACUCCAUAAAUACUAAAUUGGAAAAAAAUCAUAAGAUAAAACAGUCUGCCAAAACUGCGAAAUUUUUUGA